CUGCCCGGGGAAGGCCUGAGGCGAGUCGGGAUGGCGGCGCUGCCGCGCGGCCGCGUUUCCCCGGGGCAGGCGUAGCCGGUGCCUCCCGCCGUGCCCCAGCACUUCCUGCGCCGCCCUCGCCCCCCCCACCCCGGCCGAGGCGGCCAUGGCGCUGCCGGCGGCCGCCUACGAUCCCGCCGUGCCGCCCCGCCCCGCCUGCGCCUACACCGGCUGCUACUGUGAAGAAAACGUUUGGAAACUUUGUGACUACAUCAGGAGCCAGGGUCAGUACCCUUUGGAGGAGUUCUACGCCGUGUUCAUAUCCAAUGACAGGAGGAUGAUUCCACUCUGGAAGCAGAAAUCAGGACAUGGAGAUCAGCCUGUUGUCUGGGACUAUCAUGUUAUUCUGCUUCACGUUUCCAGUGGGGAGCAGAACUUCAUUUAUGAUCUUGACACAGUGCUGCCAUUUCCAUGUCCUUUUGAUGUGUACAGUGUGGAGGCCUUUAGGUCUGAUGACAGCCUUCACCCAGAGUUUCACAGGAAAAUCAGAAUGGUUCGAGCAGAUUUGUACUUGAAGACCUUUGCUUCAGACAGAUCUCAUAUGAAAGAUGCAAAUGGAAAAUGGCAGAAACCUCCUCCUUCAUACCCUUGCAUUGAAACUGCAGACUCCAAGAUGAAUUUGGAUGAUUUCAUCAGUAUGAAUCCUGAAGUAGGAUGGGGCUCAGUUUUCUCCCUUCCUGACUUUGUGCAUCGAUUUGGCAGACAGACUGACUACAGCUCUUCCUUGGAAGGACAGUGAAGUGAACAACAAAGAUCUCCCUGCUUCUGUUUUGAGUCAGUGUGCUUUGUUUUGCUGCUCUUAUAUUGUAUUUAUGGUUUACAUUUCUUUACAUGAAAUAAGUAUUUGGGAAAAUAGAAUACCCAAUCAGAAAUAUAAUGAACUGAAUAAAAACUUUUAUUUUGGUUA